AUGUCCUGCUCCUCCUCCUCCUGCACAGACGUCCUGGAAUGGGACAUCAUAAUCGUCGGAACAGGAGCAGCGGGUUUGACAGCAGCUCUUUCCGCCGCAGAAUCAACGUCUCCGUCUCCAUCUCCAUCUCCAAGAAUUCUCCUCAUAGACAAAGCCCCCGAAGCCUGGGCUGGUGGCAAUGGAUACUUCACCGCAGCAGCGUAUCGAACGCAACAUAAUGGUCUCAUCGACUUAUUACCUCUGGUCAGCAAUGUCGACGACUCAAUACGGGAGAAAAUUGAUCUUCCACCGUAUACUGCGCAAAAUUUCACGGAAGAUUUACAGAGGGUGACGGGUGGGAGGAGUGAUGAGAGGCUUGGGAGGUAUUUGGUUGGUGAGAGUUUGGAGACUGUGAAAUGGUUGAAGGAAGUUGGAGGGGUGGAUUGGUGGUUGAGUUUUCGGAGACAGGCGUAUCGGGUUGAUGGGAGAUGGGUGUUUUGGGGUGGUUUGCAUUUGACUUGUCCUGAAGGUGGGAAAGGUCUUAUUAAAGCUUUGGUGAAGAGUGUGAGGGAUGUGGGGUGUACGGUUUCUUUUGAGACCAGUGCGAAGAAGAUUUUAGUGGGCAACGAUGGGAAAGUUGAGGGGUUGGAAAUUGAGAGGAGUGGGAAGCUUUUUCAGUUGAGGACGAGGAGUUUGAUUCUUGCUGCUGGUGGGUUUGAGGCGAGUCCGGAGUUGAGGAAGAGUUGGAUGGGCCCUGGGUGGGAAUUGGCGCACACGAGAGGCACGCCGUAUAAUACUGGAGAAAUGUUGCAGAGUGCGAUGGAUCUUGGGGCGAAGAGGGUGGGUGACUUUAGUGCGACUGGGUGUCAUAGUGUGGCUUGGGAUGCGGAUUCGCCGAAGAGUGGUGGAGAUCGCGAGAAGACGAAUGAAUUCACCAAGUCUGGGUAUCCUCUCGGGUUGAUGCUGAAUGCAGAGGGGAGAAGAUUCGUGGAUGAAGGCAUUGAUCUGAGGAAUUAUACCUAUGCAAAAUUCGGACGAGCUAUCUUGGAAGAAGCGGAAGGCAUCGCAUUCCAGAUAUGGGACGAUGAUGGCCAGCAGCUUCUUCGAACAGAGGAAUAUCGAGACGAAAUUGUGCGAAAGGUCAAAGCCGACAGCAUCGAGGAGCUAGCAAGAAAGCUUUCGGACGAUGGACUUCGAAAUCCUGGCGAGUUUGUGCAGACAGUCAACGAGUACAACAGCGCAGUCGCUGCACAUCGCAAGGAGCAUCCUGAUAUCAAAUUCAACCCGGCGGUGAAGGAUGGUCUCUCGACACAGUCUUCUUCGACGCGGCUUUCGUUAGCAAAAUCGAACUGGGCAUUACUCAUCACCAAACCCCCAUUCGUGGCUGUCAAAGUCACCACCGGCAUCACCUUCACAUUCGGAGGAUUGUCCAUCAAUCCCGAAAAUGCUGCUGUGCUACGUGAAGACGGGUCCGAGAUCGAAGGCCUGCACUGUUGUGGCGAAAUGGUCGGCGGUUUGUUUUACGGCAACUAUCCUGGGGGCUCUGGGUUGACAGCGGGUGGCGUGUUUGGCAGAAGGGCUGGCCGAGCGGCGGCGACGAGGGCGAAACAGGCGCGUAGCUUAGAACUACACAGUGCGUGA